AUGUCGAUUUUGGUAACAAAAAUUGUGAUGUUGGCAGUCAUGAAUAUUGCUGCUUUAGUAUUUGGUUUUUUACCUUUAAAGAUUUAUAAAUAUGUUGAAACAAAACAGAAAACUAAAUCUUCGGAUGAAUUGAUAAUAAAUCGUUUAUUAACAAUGCUGUCUUGUCUGUCUGGUGGUGUAUUUCUGGGUGUUUGUUUAUUAGACUUACUACCUGUUGCAAAUGAAGCUUUCGAGCAAGUUAAGCAACAGCUAGAAUGGAAAGCAACUUAUCCAUAUACAGAACUUCUUAUAGGAUCUGGAUUUUUCCUAGUUUAUCUACUGGAAGUAUUGUCGGCUCAGUUUUGCAAACACAGUCAUGUAAAUUAUGAAGUUGAUGACGUUGAAUGCAAACAUUCUAAUGAUGGAAGCAUUGUGUUUGAGCAAGGAACCAGUACCGAUAUUCAUGAUGGUACAGCAAUUGAAAACAAAAAUUCGCAAGAUUCUGCAUUGAAUUUGGAUAUUUCCGAUAACGACAAUUAUGUGAAAUCAGUAACAUUGGUGCUGGCUUUUUCGAUUCAUUCUUCUCUUGAAGGUUUUGCAUUUGGUGUCCAGCAAACUAUGUUUAGCGUGACUGCACUAUUUCUUGGAAUAAUAGUGCACAAGUCUAUUGUAACAUUUAGCAUCGGAAUGACUUUGGUCAAAACACAUUCAAAGAAGUUAUACUUUGUUUUGUUUUUGGUGGUAAUAGUGUCAUUAACUGCACCUAUUGGCGGUUUAGUUGGGAUUCUUCUGGAGAGCGCUGACAUUGGUGAUAAAUCACAAAAUACAGUAACAGCAAUAGCUACAUCAAUUGCUAAUGGCACAUUUUUGUACAUAACUUUCUUUGAGAUACUUUUCGUUGAACAAGUUCGUGGAGCUCAUGAAUUGGAAAAGUGGUUGAGUACACUAAUUGGAUUUGUUAUCAUAGCUGUAUUAAUGUUUUUUGAGCCUUCGGAUUAA